CUGGUGUAAACAUAGAGGCGCAUUAUUGGUAUCCUAGCAACCAUACUUGGUUACCAAAAGAGAAGUACAACAAUGGCGUCAAAGAAAUUAUCCGACAUUUUGGAAUGUGAAAAACCUAAAUAUGAUAUUUCAGGCAAAUUAUCAAAUUUGUCAUUUAAUCCAUUUUGUAAUAUGGAUGUUGAAGUAGUAAAAAAGCUGAUAAGAGAUAAAAUGUAUGAUGCAAAAAGAAUGGAAAUAUAUGAAUGGAUGGACGAAAAAUCAGAAAAUAGAAAUGAUAUUUUUCUCACAAUGAUAAUGAUAUACAGACUUGACCAUAAUAGAAGAAAAGUAAUAAUGUCCGAUUUAAAUGUUGUUGGCGAAGUGCCAAAGUUAUAUAUCUUUGCGCACGAAACAAUUUUAGCAAGUGAUAUUGAAAAUAUAUUUUCACCUUUAAGAGAUAUUCAAAAUUUGGUUUGGAAUGGAACAAACUGUUCAGCAGAAUUCAGUAGAAAGUGUUAUGAAGAUGGAGUUGUUGAGUCCAUUGUUAAAGUUUUAUUAACAAAUUGGAGAUUUUCAUCAAAAAAUCUUACUAAUGAAACAUUUGAUUCAUGCGACACACAAUUCAGGCGUCUAUUAGUUGGUUAUUUAACAAUUUUGGAUAAUGUAUUAAGAUUUAAUCUGGAUUUAAGAGAUUCAAUAAGUGAUUUUGGAAGUAAAGAAAUAAUUUGUAAAUUAAGGGAAAAUUUAAAAGAUGAUUGGAAAACAUCUCUUGAUACUAGGUGUUUAACAAUUCUAUCAUAUCUUAUCAAUAAAGAUGAAAUUGAAAUGAUUAAGAUGAAUGAUAUAAAUACUUCAGAAAUCCAAAAUAAUUUGAAUUAUUGUUUAAAGUCUAAAAAUCAUCUUGAUAAUAGCUUAUAUCCACUCAGUGACAGUCUUAUAGCAAUCAAUCAUCUAGCAGUAAAUGAUGAAAAUAAACAACUCAUGUCAAGAUAUAUUCCAUUUUUGUUGGUUAUUCUUCAAGAAGCAUUAAAUUCAUUUGAACAAAAAUCAGCUGUAGAGUGUCUCAAAACUCUUAUCUCAAAUGCAGAUUGUAAAAAAUUACUACAGGAGAAAGAUUCUUUGAAAAUUUUAGAAAAUCUGUCAGAAAAUGGUAUGAGUUUAACUGUUAAAACUAUGACAAAAAACCUUAUAAAACAAAUUCAUUCUACUAAAUUGAAUUCAAAAGAAUUGAUAAAUCAAGAAAAAGUAGCGACAAAGAGGACGCAACCAUUAACAAGAGGAUAUCUAAGCAGUAAGAAAAAAUGCUGACUCAGAAUAAACAGGGAAAUUGUCAAUUCAUUCAAUCAACAUAUCUUUCUAAAAAUUGAACUUGUAUUGUAUUCAUUUGUUUUUUUCAAAGAUGUAAAAAACAAAUGGGAUGUACUUUGUCAAAAUGAGACAUUUAGGGUAAUUAUGAGAAUAUUUCACCUGAUCCCAGUGAUUCAAUGUCCUAUGGUUCAUACUUGGCCAGGUAAAGUUCUCUAAAAUCUGAUUCAAUGGUUUGCAAUAAUUGCAAUACUUUAUUGACAGUAUUAAUCCUCUUACAAAUUUACUUCCUCAAACUUUAAGGUAGUCGCUGUCCAAUGAAAUUUAUAAAAAAAAGUGGGUAUUACUAAAUUCAGGUUUGAAUAAGACUUUACCAGUAAUAUUUGUAAUUUUAACAAAAGUAGUCUUAACAAAUGUAAUUUCGGUAGAAAUUAAUCAGCAAAAUGGCAGUAUUUCAUUUAAAGGAUAUGUAUUGAGUAAAUGAGUUUCUAGUUCUAAAUUAGCAAGUUUAAGAUGUAACAAGUUUGACAUGCAUUUUUUUGGGAUCCGGACAGUUGACCCCCAUCAGGGUCAAUCAACUUUUGUAUAUAAUUCCAUUUACUCAGACCUAUUUAUUAUCAAUAAGAUAAAUCUUAGUCAUAUCACCAAUAGCUCUUUGGAUUAGCUUGAAUUUUCAAUAAUUAACUCAUAUUAUAGUUGAAAGUUAUUUAAACAGAAUUGAAUGUAAUUUCAAUUUGAAAAUGCAAUAAGCAGAACAAAAAUAGCAAAACUUACUCCAAUAACGAUUGCAAUACCAGCAAAAGAUUUUGCUAAAGAAGAUUGUCUUUUUGCUUUUUCAUAACAUCCUUGUUCUCUUGCACCUCUGCUUCCAAUACUUAGAAUUAAUGAAAUAAUUCCAAAAAAGAAACAAAAAAAUAUGGAAACUAUACUUAAAAUCUACAAAAAAAAAUAAAAAAAAUAAUUUUUAAAAAUGACAAUAUAAAAAUAAUUAAUAAUCAUUGGACUUUACCAUAUAAUCAGGAAUAUAUGGGUGUUGUGGUUGUUGUAUUAUUAUCCAACUCUGUUGUUGAUUGGUAACAACUAUAUCAUUAGUGUUGGCUAUAACACUAGCAUAAUUUGGAGGGGGAGAACAAGAUCUAUCUCUAUUCAUUUUAUCAGCAAUUCUAUUAUCCAUACUGUGAGAAAUAAUAUUUUUGAAAACAACACAAAUCUUCUAAACAGAAAAAAAACACUGAAUGUGCAUUAAGAAAAAAACUAGUGUUGAUUUUUAUAGUUGGACAUAUAUAUAUAUAUAUAUA